AUGUUGACAAGAGAAUUCAUUGACGACAGCUUGUACAAUCCCCAUUAUGGCUACUUCUCCAAGCACGCGACCAUCUUCAGCCCCGGGGAGCCAUUUGAUUUCAACCACAUCGAAGAUGGACCAGCUUUCCACCGGAUGUUGGGUGAGCGUUAUGCGGAGUUCGAAGAUGUAUUAGACGAAAAGCAGCCAGACGAGGCCCGCCAGCUUUGGCACACUCCGACUGAAUUGUUUCGGCCCUACUACGGCGAAACCAUUGCCCGCUAUUUGGUGUCGAAUUAUAAGCUGACGCUGUACCCCUAUCACGAUCUUACCAUCUACGAAAUGGGCGCGGGAAACGGAACGUUGAUGAUUAACAUCCUCGACUUUAUCCGCGACACAGACUACGAAGUCUAUCAGCGAACCAAAUUCCGGAUCAUUGAAAUCUCCCCAGCUUUGGCUGGACUUCAGAUGAAAAACUUGACGGAUUCACUCUAUGCUGCGGGCCAUUUGGAUCAUGUUGAGAUUAUCAACAAGUCCAUCUUCGAGUGGGACACCUACGUGCACUCGCCAUGCUUCUUCCUUGCGCUCGAGGUGUUUGAUAAUUUCGCCCAUGAUGCUAUUCGCUACGACACCAAGACAGAGUUACCCCAGCAGGGCGGGGUGUUAAUUGAUGCAGACGGUGAAUUUCACGAAUUCUACACCCCCAUGCUGGACCCCGUGGCUUCCCGGUUCUUGCGUGUCCGUCAAGCUGCAGCUCGGCGCGGAUUCUCCCAUCCACUGGGCCCGCGACUCAUGCGGCAAGUCCGCGGAGCCUUGCCCUUCCAGAAGCCUUCCACCACUACUGAGUACAUUCCCACGCGACUAAUGCAGUUCUUCGAUAUCCUUGAUAAUUAUUUCCCGGGCCACCGACUGUUAGCUAGCGAUUUCAGCACCCUUCCGGAUGCCGUGCCGGGGAUAAAUGCGCCGGUAGUACAAACACGUUACAAGAGGAGAACUGUGCCGGUCUCUACUCCUUUUGUCCAUCAGGGCUAUUUUGACAUCUUCUUUCCCACAGAUUUCGAUGUCGUUGAGGACGUCUAUCGAGCCGUCACUGGGAAGCUGACGCAAGUAGCAAGCCACGAAGAUUUUGUGCGACGCUGGGCGUAUCCGCACUGGAAACCCAUCGUUGAUCAAAAACGCCUCACCCAAGUCCUAUCCAUCCCUUCCUCCUGGCGCCUCCCUCAGUCCACCGUCGCCUCUGAUGCCACUACUCUCGAAACAAUACGCAACUGUGGCAUCCUGUCGGCCAAAGAGCUUGAAUGGACAGACAUCGAUGAUAUCACGGAGUUAUUGCGCCUUCUUGCCUCGCGCGAGGUAAGCUCCGUUCAGCUAACAACAGCAUUCUGUAAGCGCGCCGCCGUAGCGCAGCAAAUGACGGGCUGCUUGACGGAGAUCUUCUUUGAUCGGGGACUCGAGAGAGCAAAGUUUUUGGACGAGGAGCUUAAGCGGACGGGUCGUACGUCGGGACCGUUACAUGGCCUACCGGUUUCUGUGAAGGAUCGGUUUGAUGUUGAGGGGUUUGAUACUACUGUUGGCUGGGUUGGGCUGGCUAACAAGCCGGCGGCCAAGUCUGACUCGGUUGUUCAACUGUUGGAGUCUAUGGGGGCGGUUCUGUAUGUGAAGACGAAUGUGCCCCAGUCGUUGAUGAUGUCCGACUCCUAUAACCACGUCUUUGGCCAGUCCGUCAACGCCUUUAAUAGAAAGCUCAUCUCUGGCGGUAGCUCCGGGGGUGAAGGUGCUCUAGUCGGUGCUGGUGGAAGUGUUUUGGGAAUUGGAACGGACAUAGGAGGCUCAAUUCGCCACUAUCUUGUUCCUCCGGUGGCAGGGCCUAUGGCUAGAAGCCUUUCGACAGUAGAGUACUUCAUGCAGAGCCUGCUGGACUCAAAUCCCUGGGAUAUUGACCCAGGCUGCAUCCCAAUUCCCUGGAGAAAGGACAUAUCAGCGCUGCCGGCAAGAAAGCUGAGGCUAGGUAUUAUCUACGACGAUGGAAUUGUUCGACCACAGCCACCUGUUAUGCGAGCAAUGCGAGAGACAGCACAAAAGCUGAAAGAUGCGGGUCAUGAAGUAAUCGAAUGGGAUACGUCUCUUCACGUAGAAGGCACAGCCCUAUGGACGAAAUCCAUCCUUUCUGAUGGCGGCCACCACUGUCGCCAGCUCUGUGCCCUCGUCGACGAACCUCUUAUCCAAGGAAUGGCCGUCGGGACCCCCACAGACGAGCUUUCAACUACAGAAAAAGAAAAGACAGAAGAAGCAAAAUGGGCCUUCCAGGAAACCUAUCUGAAGCAAUGGGUCUCCAGUGGCAUCGAUGCACUACUCCUCCCUGUGACGCCCUGGGUAGGCUACAAGCCCAAGACGUGGGUCAAGAGCUUUCAGUGGCUAGGUUAUACUGCGUUAUACAAUUUAUUGAACUACGCGGCCGUGACUGUCCCCGUUAUUACUGCAGAUGAAAAACUUGAUAGCCCCAAGAAUGAUCAGGAAUGGGCGGCUCAUGUUCCAAGGAAUGAGUCUGAUCGGUUUAAUUAUGAGCAGUACGACAUUAAUUUGGUUAAGGGUAUGCCAGUGACAGUUCAAAUCGUUGGCGGGAGGUUUGGGGAGGAAAGGGCCAUUUCGGUUGCGAAAGUUAUAGAUGGCCUUCUUGAUCGUUAA